AUGGUUACGUCAGUCUCCUAUGCAGUGCUUACGUUUUCGAUGAAUCUGGUCAAACUGGCAUUUAUGUACAAAAACAUCGAUAAAAUUUUGGGAAUGAUGUCAUUGUUACGAAGUGAACCGUUCCGCAUCAAAUGUCGAGAGCACGAAGAACUGGCCCAAACUUCCAAAACGUUUUACUUAAGAGUGUUUUACUUCUGCUUGAUUUUAGGAUUCAAUACGGAUAUAUUUUGGAUAGUAUAUCCUUUAACAGGUGCCGAAAAAACAACACCUUUUAGGGCUUGGUUUCCUUUUAAUUACGAAGUUACGGUUUAUUUUUACGUUAUUUAUGCUUUUCAAAUCACAGCGGCUAUAAUGAACACUGUGAUUUGCUUGAAUUUGGAUUGUUUUACAUCUUCUAUGUUGAUCCAAGCUGGUCUUCAAUGUGAUAUGAUGUGUAUUACUUUAAGAAACUUGAACAAGUUUGUGAUUAACGAAAAUGGAAAAAUGAUUGAAACGGAUACUGAAGACGAAGACGAAAAAGAGUACUCUAAUAGAUUAUUAAAGAAUCUGAUUUACUGCAUCAAACAUCACAUUCAAAUUAAAAAAUGGGCUAAAGAUAUUGAAGAUAUUCACUUCAUUAGUGUGUUUUUACUGUUUGUUGUUGGUACUUUUGUCCUGUGUGCUUCCCUGUUCGAAAUAUCACUGGUGGAUAUAAUGAGUAUGGAAUUUGGAAUGUUACUGUCGUACAGUUCAGCUAUUCUUACAGAAUUAUUCCUGUAUUGCUAUUUUGGAAAUGAACUGAUAUAUAAGAGUGAACAAAUUUUUCAUGCAAUCUAUGAUUGCCCAUGGUUAAACUGCGAUAUAAUGUUUAAGAAAACAAUUGUCUUGUUUUUGAUCGGCACACAACGGCCUAUUGUAGUUUAUGUGGGGGGCUUAUUCACGAUGUCGCUACCGGUUUAUGUAGCGAUUCUGCGUUCAUCCUAUUCGUAUUUUACACUACUUAAAAAUGUGUUUAUUAACUAAUAUUAAAAAUUUUACAUCAAUAUUU